AUGGAGGGUCUGAAGGUGGUAUGGAGAAGAACAGAUUCAGAGACUUUGGUUAAUCUGUAUCAGGAUGGGGAGAGUCAAGCAGAGAAACAGCAGCAGGAGCUUUAUUCUGCUAUUUAUAACCCCAGAGCGUUUGUUAGUAACCGAGCAGAUAAAUCUGUAUCCGCAUAUGACCGCGAGGACGUCACUCUGAACUGCUCUGUAGACUCUCACAUCGCACCUGAACACAUUGAAGAGGUUUCAUGGAAGAAAAUGGAUGAAGGUGGAGAUAUUCUAGUUCUGCUCCACCUAAACAAUGAGACAUUACAAGGUUCAUCGGAUGAGCAAUACAGAGACAGAGUUGAGCUGUUCACUGCCGAAAUCCCCAAAGGAAACUUGUCUCUCAGACUGAAGAGUGUCAGACCUAAGGAUAAAGGAGUUUACAUGUGUCAUGUGUUCGCUGGAGAACUUUCAGCCAGCGCAACCGCAGAACUGGAGAGAAAAGGUUUCUCUGUUUUACACAUAAUGGUGUUGAUUGUCUGCAUUUCUGCAUCUGGAUCUGCACUCUGCUCUGCUGUCUGA